AUGAACACGAAUGAAAAGCCAGCUCUCCAAGUGGAAGAUGAGAUAUUCAGUCGAUGCAUCCAUCUUAGCCAUCGAAGGGUCAAGGUAUAUUCUACAUGGCUGCUUCGCGCCAUUCGAAACACUACUCGGACCAUGGGUGCAGGCUCGAACGCUGAAGAUGCAUAUAUGUUGAAGGAGUUCCAGCGGUUGGAGACCCUCACAUCUACUCCUUACCAACUAUGUUCACAUGCUCACGCUCUUUGGAGACACAGACUGGUGGAAAUCCUCAGCAUACGGCAUAUCGCACACUCACAUCGUGGGAUCUGGUCUGACAUCCGUCAUGACCUCGGGCGGCUGGGGUCCUGGUCCAAGGCUGUGCGAAUGCUGAUUCUCGGUGCAGUGACGUUUCCCCAGCGGAUCGAAAAUGCCAAAGUCGAAAUCAUUGGAACCAAUGGGCCAGCUGACCUGCCGAAUAGGCUUUCCUCGACUGAUCUCAGUGGCGUCGUGAGACGCAUGGUUCCUGCAGACCAGAUUUCGCUGGUUGAACAGCUGAGUCAAGCACUUUCAGAAGCAAAUGCGGUUGCUCAGGUCGAGGACAGAUUUCGCGAAGAAUAUGCGCAGAUCAAACCUCGUCCGCACGCAGAGUUACUUGUUCUCGAGCACUUCCAUCGUAAUGGCCUCGACUUCGUCACGGAUGAUAGAUACAUCGGCUGCAGCAAGCCUUCAUGCUACUGCUGCCAUAUCUAUAUGCAAUGCCACCCGGGCCGAUUCGCUCCUCGGCCCUGUCAUGGGAAUCUGAACACAGCCCAGCCACAGGAGCACCAUACCUUCAAAAUGCUACAGGACAUGCUUAUCUACAUCCGCCGAGACUUGCAAGAACAAAUCUUGUCUAGAAGACCCAAGAGAGCAAGGCUACCAAAUUCGACGACAGGAAUGUCCAGCGUCGUGCUUGAUGUGGACGCACUUCUGGCCUCCGCUCGACACACUAGUCAGUCACACGACGACCACGACGACAAUGAUUCAAACGAUUUUGGGGAAUCACUGGCAGUGUCGAGCAAUUCUGAGGGAGAGAAUGCCGGGAAUGACACGUCCGAGGAAGACACAGCGUCAACUGAGCACGAGUCAAGCAACAAACUGGACCAAAUGCGGCCUCAUGAGAGGCAACAUGAAGAGUUGGAGCCCUUUACGGAUGGUGAUGACGCAGGAAUCUUACUGUUCCGGGGAAGAAAGAAGCAUAUUUCACCAUAG